AUGUGGUGGAAGAGGUGGCAACCAAAAAUGGAUGCCAAUCAUUCUGGCCCAACCCUCGCCCUCAUUUCUAUAACCAUCGCCGUGGCUUUGGUUGGACCGUCCGUUGAGGGAGCACCAGCCAUCUGUCGGGCAUGCAACAAGAACUGUUCUGCAAAUUACGAGUCGCUCCUAUCUACCCACCUCCCAAACAACGACACCGCCACGUUAAUCCUCGAUUUUGAGGAAAGUGAACCAUCAUCUACCAGGAAUUCGACACGGCGGAUACGAAGAGACACAGGGGAAGUGACCCGGAAGCCGUGCCAACGGUUUAAUAUAGAAUGGGUGUUAAUCCCACUGUUCCUCGCGUUGAUCCCCGUCGGGCUGCUAGCACUGGUGCUUUGUACGUGUUUCUGUGGACCGGAAGAGAGUCGGGGAAAACUUCCGGAAAAUCUUUGGAAUAAACUAGAGGCGCUGCUCUGUCUCGGCCACGCAAAGCAGGGCGAAGAAAUGGAGCUGGAGUAUCGGGACGGCUACGUGCAGCGAAAGGACUCGACGAAAACCAAGUUUUCCACCGUCGUAUCGUUUAUCGAGCCUCGGAGGAAUAGUAUAUGGAGUAUACGCACUAAUGCAUCAAUCGAGGCGCCCUCAGAACCCGAAGCCCCGCCAGCAGCCCCUAUCAAAAAGAGUUCAUCCUCGGGCAGUAUUGUGCGAUUCAGCGAUCAGAUCUCGGUGCUCGGCGUCGACGAGCUGCAAGUUGCCAAGCGA